GCUAUUUUUUUAUUCUUAUUAUAGAACUACUAGUCAUGUGAUUAGUUAAAAUCCGACUAUCUAGGUACUCGGUACUCAAUCCUUUGAGUUCACUACCCAUCCCCACCCUGAAUUCCACUCAAAUUUUCUCAACUGCCUACCUCACACCAGUGACACCACCCUGCAGAUCCCACCCUCACCAACACGACCAUGCCUAUCUCAAAAAAAGACCGGAGAGCGCGUGAGCAGAAGAAGGGCGACGCAGACGGCACCCGCGCGCCUGUCAAGGCCAACGGCCUGCCCGUCAAGGCCCCCAAGCCGACCUCCAUCUGCGCCAAUUGCCGCAAGGAGAUUGUCAACACCAACAAGAUCCAACUCGAGAAGCACGCGGAGACGCACGACUCCAAGCUAUGGCCCAAGGAGAAGUGCUGGCCCAAGGACUUCCCUGCUGAUGCGUAAAGAGUCGGGGGCUCAACAUGUUUGAGCUGCUUUCUGUAUCGGUGGAGACUUCAGUCUCGGUGCGAUCUGGCACAUAAAGCGCGGUCGCCUCUAUCAAUCGUUACAGGGACAGGAUAGAAGAAACCUGGACGUACUAGUAACCAACCGGUGCUAGUGAGGGCGACUGAAUCUCGGCGCUGGACAAGGAAUGGCUUGUGGGC